UCUCUCUCUCUCUCUCUCACUCUCUCUCUCUCUCUCUCUCUCUACAGGAGCAGCACACCAGCGCUGCAGUGUCAACCCUGAACGGAAGGCUACAGGGAAGGCAGAGCCGAAGCAGGGGAACUCAGGGAGACCGACAGCAGCCAGGACAGCAGAGUCAGGCAGCUUUAGACAGAGUGAGGCAAUUGAGUGAGGCUGCAGAGUGAGGCAGAUUGAGGCAGCAGAGUGAGGCAGAGUGAGGCAGAGUGACCACGCUCUCAGCCAGGAGCCAAGCGUGCCUCUUAGAGCUCCUGUUGACAUCCCAGUGGACACGCGAGGGGGAACGCUCAACACCCUCAGCCUGCCCUGCCCAGCCCGGGAGGAUCCCACCCUCCACCUCCACUUUGUUCCAGCCCCCCGGGAGAGCAGGAGACCCCCCUCCCCUUGUCCCCCGAUACAGCUGUAAGGGCCCUCUCUCCAGCCCCCUCCAUUUCAUCCAUCUCCUCACCUGUGCUCCUGGAGGUGAUGUCCGAGGAUGCCUGCCGCUCCCCGGUCGGCCUGGACUGCUGCAGCUGCUGCCUGGACCUGGCCAGCGGCAGCGACUACCCCGGGACCCCUGCCGGGGCCAGGGGGGGCCCGCCGGGGUCAGGGCCACCCGGCAGCCCCCUCAGCCCCAGCGUCAGCCACUUCCGCCAGCUCCGGGAGCAGCUGGUGUACGAGAACCUCAACGCGGACAAGCUGAGGAGCAUCAUGAGGCAGGACUCCCUGGAGGCGGUGGUCCGGGACCCCUGCUUCUUGCUCAACGAGGGCAUCUGCAACCGCAACAUCGACCAGACACUGCUCUCCAUCCUGCUCUUCUUUCACAGUGCCUCUGGUGCUAGCGUUGUGGCCAUUGACAACAAGAUUGAGCAGGCGAUGGACCUGGUGAAGAACCACCUAAUGUACGCAGUGCGCGAGGAGGUGGAGGUCCUCAAGGAGCAGAUCAAGGAGCUGGCAGAGAAGAACCACCAGCUGGAGCGGGAGAACAGCCUGCUGAAGAACCUGGCCAGCCCCGAGCAGAUGGAGAAGUUCCAGCUGUGCGUCCCGGCCAGCGAGCUGCUGACCCUGGACAAUCAGUCCAGCCAGUCCACGGGGGGCUCGGGGCACCACCGCCACCACCCGUCACAGCUCCUGCUGCAGCCGGCCCCGCCGUGCCCACUGACCCCCGGCUCUGCUGUGUGAGGGGCCGGGCUCCGGGCGGGCCGGGCCCCCGUCCUCAACAGCAGUAGCGGAGCUCCGCACGGACGGCGCCGUCCAGCGUUGACGCGAGUUUGCCGUUUUCGUACCAAAGGGCAGACCGACCCUCAGGGGACAUGAAACCCUUCCACCCGAAGGGGAGGAAAGGAAAGGUUUCUGCGGCUGCCAAACCCCCCCCCCCCCACCCCGCCCCCCCCCCCCCGACUCCUCUCAGAGGCAGGACGGGGCACUGACUUGUUGACAUUUGGUUACAAACAAAAGCACAGGCCGAGCACUAAAGACGCUUUUUACUGGUGCGGACUCAGGCCCGACAUCGGACCAUUUCCAACUCUUUGUUUGUCCUUAGUCACUCUUGCGUAGACAAAAGCGCUGGGAGGAGGAAUUGAGUGGGAUGACGUUGUUGACUGCAGCGCCACCACAGCGCUUUCUCCGGGACAGAGAAAGCCCCCCCCCCACCCCCCCCGCCACCACCACCACACCUGCUCUGAAGCGGGACGUGGAUACGAGCUUGGGCUGGCCCUGCUGGUGCUAUCUUGGAAGUGAGGGUUUCCGGGAGUAAAAAGAUGACAGGGUUCCCGCUUUCUUUUUGUCUCCCUCCCCCCUCCCCAUCUGUGGAUUUGUCCCGACGAUUCAAAACGAGAACAAUACCCAAGUUUCAUCUUUUCAUCUUUUCAUCUGAAUCCCGGUGCUCGACGUGAGCAGUUCCGUUCAGGAAUGUUUCUGUCGUAAUACGAUUGAAUUUCUCUGUGUAGACGUGUACAUUGUAAACCAUAACGACGACAUUAUAAAACAAAGGCGGAGGAAGUGGAGACCUUUUGUAGCCUAGCAUGCAUCCAGUUUGUAUGAAUGCAAUUAUUUUAUCACUGGCAAGUGGUGCUUUGCAAAAAAGGAAUCAAAUUAUAACUUUUUUGUUUUUGGUGAUUUCUGAUCAAAGAUGUUAAACAAAUAGGACCCUUGUACAUUAUGCUGUAAAGAUGACUAUUUUUGUGUUUGGGAAGAGGUGAAAGGCAGACGUGGUCACCCUGUUUGCCUGGCUCUUCUCUUCAAAACAAGAAGAACUAGAAUCUGCAUAAACGUGAUCCUUCCUGAGUUGAAUGUGUCGGGGAGAGGCCAAGGGAGCGGCCAUUUUGUGGUCCUUCUCGGCUGCAGAUGCACUCCUGACUUUACCAGCAUCACACCGGUGUAUGUCUCCUGUUACAGCUUUUAUUUUGAUUAUGUGAACUUGACAACUACGGCAUGACAACAGUGCCUGUACUUUAGUAAGAGCGGAGAAGAAAAAGAGAAAAAAAAACUGUUUUCACACUGAACUCUUGUAAUGUUCUAGCUACCAAAGACUUCACCUCACACUCUCCCAAAAACUAAAGAAAGCCAAGCGAAACAGGAGCAUGUGUUAAACACAGACAGUUCACAGGGAUGCGUCUUGUUAGCUCGAUAAAAGCUAAAGUGUCUAUGUUGUGUAAAGAUAACGGUGUUGUUGCUGUUCUGUAUCCAAGGAGACAAAUGUUCACUAUGGUGUAUGGAUACAAAUGCACAUUUGCAAUAAACCUUAUGUUUACAUAAAUUA